AAUAGCGGCGGCAGCAAGAGGCAGCCCUUUGCAAUGUGGUCCGCCUGUCUCGGCACUUGCAGAGCGAGGAUGUAGAGAGAGGGAGGCCUCUCAAGAUUUGUUGAUGGAUUUCAUAUGGAAUAUCAUUUAAUGUGCUGAGAUAAAUAGAAGAACAAGCCACGCACCUUUCCGCUGCUGUUUAAAUUUCAGGUUCAAGUACUAAGCAACUCUCAGGCAGGAGUUUUCCCCAGACCUAUGUAGAAAUGCUGGAAUUGGACUUGCACACAGAUUCUUUUCUUCUCAGAGCUACGUGUGAUAUAUGAAACCUGCAGGAGAUGUUGUAAUGACUGUGAAAUUACACUGAGGACAGAUCUUGCUCCUUCCAUUUUUUUGUGAUUACUGCUCUUAGUAUUGUGAUUGAUUAUUUUCUACAGUAAGUGAGCUGGUUGCUUUGUCUGGUCCUUUUGUUUAAAAAAAGAGAAAGAAAGAUGUCUGAUCCUGAUGUCCAUCAAGAUGCUGGCAUCAAGCCAGGCUUGUUGGAAAAAAGCAACAAUUCUGGUGAUUCUCAGCCCUCAAUCAAUUUGGAAAGAAGGAACAAAAGUGGGAUAAUUAGUGAACCUUUGAACAAAAGUCUUAAGAAGUCUCGGCCACUGUCCCAUUACUCUGCUUUUGGUAGCAGCAGCUCGUUAAGUGAACAUUCAGAGAAAUGUGUCCCUAUGGCCAACAGCAGUGAGGCAAUCAUGGAAAAAAGCAAUUCUACCUCAAAGCACAAAACCAUCUCUGACAUGUUGAGCAAAUCAGAUAUUUCUUUGGAAGGACAGAACAUCUUGCAACAGUUUGCUCAGUCCACAGAGUUGCUCAAAAGAGUAGUCCAGGAGCACAUCCCCCUGCCUAAUGACCACGGGACGGGCAUCUCAGACAUGGAAGCUGUCUCAACUGCUGAAACAAUGAACAACCCGUCUGAUUUUCCUUACCUGGGAGCUUUUCCUAUCAACCCUGGCCUUUUCAUUAUGACCCCUGCUGGUGUAUUUUUGGCAGAAAGUGCACUCCAUAUGGCUGGCUUAGCAGAGUACCCAAUGCAGAAUGAAUUGGCAUCUGCCAUCAAUUCAGGGAAAAAGAAACGAAAACGGUGCGGCAUGUGUCCUCCUUGCAGAAGACGGAUAAACUGUGAGCAGUGCAGCAGUUGUAGGAACCGUAAAACUGGACAUCAGAUUUGCAAAUUCCGAAAAUGUGAAGAACUUAAAAAGAAGCCUUCUGCUGCACUGGAGAAAGUGAUGCUUCCUACAGGUGCUGCAUUCCGAUGGUUUCAAUAGGAACAAGAAUCCCAAAGCUCUAUCUUCCAGUGCAAUGGCACUGCUUGCUUGUGUUGUCUCAGGCAAGGAAUUUUUUGACGGAAAUAAAUGGAUGCGCCUAUGUCUCCUUUAGAACCAAAAAUAUUUUCUUGCAGAUUUCAUUCCUUUUUUUAAUAUAAUUUUUUGGCAUUUGUUUAACAUCUUUUAAGUACUAGUAAAACGAGCAUUAAUGUUUUCAAAUAUUUUUUUUAAAAGAAUCCAUAAAGUAUCAAGAUGUAAUAGAGUAUGGACAAUCAGUUUGUUUUCCUGUGUUUUGGUGUUGAUGUUGUUUAUGUGUGGAAGAUGCAGUUCUUGUGUAGAGAAUGUAAAUUUACAGUAACCUUUUAAAUCUAGUUACUAAUACGCACUACUGUAAUUAGCACAGCAGUUUCUUCAUUUAUCUGAUUGAUUUCCAUCAUUAAAGAAAAAUAGUGUGGCUAGUUUCUAGAAUGCCUCAAUUCAUGUUUAUAAAUGAACAUAUAUUUAAAAUAAGGUAGUUUCUUUUCCCUAAUUCUACAGAUAAGACGAGAUUUAAUCAGCAAGAUAUCUGGUCUUAUAAAAUGGAAAUAUAUUGAAAACUGGCAUUUUUAAAAAAAGAAAAGCAAAAAUAAUAAAAUUUAGAACAAAUAAAAUUGCGUACUAUAGUAAACCCAGAACUAAUUGCAAUGAUUCACUUUUAGAAACCAUUUGGAAAUAUUGCUGGAAUUCCAAUGUAAGCUGUUGCAGAACCUGUGCUGGAAAAAUAUAGAAGUCCUUUUCUAUGUUUAAAAAAUCCUCAUCUCCUGCUUUCCUACCAUCUCUAAUUGAAAGGCUGUUUGUAAUGUUCUAGCAAUUCAAGCUAAGCUGUUUUGUGAAUAAAAAUGAAAGCAUGUUUUGUGUCAUGGUUUUCACCUUCAUUAUUCUGUCCAUCUUGGGUGCAUGUCAGGUUGUUUGGUUGCUUGGGUGGGGGUACCAAGUCUAAAAUGACCUGUUAUAUGUUGUUUUUUCCUAUAAUGUUUUCCAAUGUUGACCCUUCUUGGACUCAAAAAAUGUAAACUGAGUGGGUUUGAUAAUACUUCGGCAUUUUGAUUCUUAUUUUUAAUAUAAGGUA